AUGGAGUUUCUGGUCAUCGACCACCCUGCAUCGUAUAACGCAAUCGUGGGCACCCAUUGGAUAAACUCCGUGCAAGCGGUUCCGUCAACGUACCAUCUAUGCCUCAAUUUUCCGAGAGUAUCGCAAUUGCAGAAAGCUGAGAUUUUAGAAGAGAAGCGCGAACCGACUUGCGAGCCUGUGAUCUCGGUAUGUCUCGAUGAAACUUUCCACGAACGGUGCGUCGAAAUUAGAGCGAAUCUCCGUGAGCCCCUAAAGGCGGAACUCAUUGCCUGCCUAAAAAAGAACCUUCAUACGUUCGCCUGGGCCGCAGAAGAUAUGCCAAAGAUCGACCAAAACAUAACAUGUCACGAACUCAACAUCGACCCAACUUUCAAGCCCAUUAAACAGAAAAGGCUAAAGUUGGGACCUGAACGCGCAACCGCAGUCAACGAAGAAGCUGAGAAAUUCCUUAAAGUGGGAUCAAUAAUGGAGGUCAGAUACCUAGACUGGCUAGCCAAUCUUGUCGUGGUCAAAAAGAAAAACGGAAAAUGGGGUGUUUGUGUCCCACUAUCACCCAUCGAUAGAUUACUGGAAGCGACGGCAAGAAACAAGCUCCUGUCUUUCAUAGACGCUUUUUCGGGAUACAAUCAGAUCAUGAUGAAUCUCGGUGAUCACGAGAAAACCGCAUUUAUCAUAGAUCGCGGCACAUAUUGCUAA